CUUCAAGAUGAGGUUGAAGAAGGUCUUGGGGAUCUGAACCUGGGAGAAGUUGAAGCAGCCUAGCUGCUGGGGUAUUUAUUUAGGUCAUGUAUAUAAUAACCUUCCUUCAGUUAGUGGUAAGUGUAAACCGUGAACCCACGCAUCCGACAUUUCUCUCUAAAAUAAGAAAAAGCGUUAUAAACAUUACAGGAUACCAAAUAGAAGCACUGGGUGAGGUCAUGGCCGCUAGGCUAUACCAGAGGAUUAUCGUUAGUUUUGGGGUUUGCGGCCUACUUCCAACCAGAGAUGCUGCCCUUCCGAGAAUUUGAUACACCCUUCGUGUUUGUCAUAUCCUUCAUGUUUGUGAGAUUUUUCUUGUCCCGUAGCAGCCUCGAAUGU